AUGGCUAAAGAUAAGAAGAAAGGAAAUAACGAGUCAAAGAAACCAAUCACUAAGGAUGAACGUUUUAAAUCCGUCCAUAAUGAUCCAAGAUUUAGAAUGCCAAAUUUUAAAAACUUGAAAGUUAAAGUCGAUGAUAGAUUUAGCAAAGAUGAAUUAAAAAAAUUGAGUGUUGGAGCAUUGGGAAAGAAAGUCAAGAUUGAUAGAUACGGGAGAAAGAUUGAUGAUAAAUCAACUGAUUUGGAUAAGUUUUAUGAACACGAAGAAGAAGAAGAUUCUAGCGAUGAUGAUGAUGAUGAAGAAGCAGAUGACGAAAGUGGUGAAGAUGAAGAUGACGAUUUGGAAAAAUUAACUGCCAAAAUUCAAAAAGAAGAACAAGAACAGGAUGAAGAAGAAGAAGAUGGUGAUGAACCUGUUUUGGACAGAGCUAGAGGUGAAGGAUUGAUGAGCUCUUCUGAAGAUGAAGACUCUUCCUCAUCAUCUGAUUCUGAUUCCGAAGUUGAUUUUGAAGAAGAAGAAGAUUCUGAAAUUGAAAUUGAAGAAGGCAAACCAGAUGAAAGUGAUCCAACAAGUUCAUUUGCUGUAGUUAAUAUGGAUUGGGAUAACCUUAGAGCUGUUGAUUUGAUGGCCACUUUUAUUUCAUUUGUUCCUAAAGGUGGAUCCAUAAAGUCAGUAACAAUCUACCCAUCAGAAUUCGGAAAAGAAAGAAUGCAAAAGGAAGAAAUCGAAGGUCCACCAAGAGAUUUAUUCAAAAGCAAGAAGAAAAAGGGGAAGACUGAUGAUUCUUCUGAUUCUGAAGAUAUUGAUUCUGAUAUUGAUGUCAAUGAUACUGAAAAUUUAGCAAAGAUUGCACGUAAAUUAUAUGAAGAAGAUGAUGGUAAAGAAGAUUAUGAUAGCAAAGCAUUACGUCGUUAUCAAUUACAAAGAUUAAGAUAUUAUUAUGCUGUUGUUGUAUGUGAUUCUGUGCAAACAGCCAAACUGAUUUAUGAUAACUGUGAUGGUACUGAAUAUGAAUCCACAGCAAAUGUUUUUGAUUUGAGAUAUAUUCCAGAAGAUAUGGAAUUUGAUGAACUGGAGGCUAAAGAUAGUUGUACUAAAAUUCCUUCGUCAUAUAGACCAGAUUCAACUUUUGUUACUGAUGCAUUGCAACAUUCCAAGGUUAAAUUGACAUGGGAUGAAACUCCAAAGGAAAGACUCACAUUGUCCUCAAGACCAUUAUCCCAAAAGGAAAUUGAAGAAAAUGAUUUUAAAGCUUACUUAGCAAGUGAUAGUGACGAAAGCGACAAAGAAAACGGCGAAUCAUUGAAAGAUAAAUAUCAAAGUUUAUUGGGCCAAUCAUUCGCAAAAUUUGGUAAAGAAGAUAACGAUGAUGAUGUUGACAUGGAAAUCACUUUUGAUCCUGGUUUGAAAGAUAAAGCUGACGAUGAAGACCACGAAGAAAAAGAACAAAAAGAAGAAACCACCAUUGAAGCUUACAGAAGAAAAGAAAAAGAACGUCGUCAAAAGAGAUUAGCCAAGUUCAAGGAAACGAAACAAUCUGAAAAUGAUGCAGUAGAAGAAUCUACUAAAUCAUCUAAAUCUAAGAAAUCUUCCAAGAACAAGAAACACGGAGUUCCUGAAAUGGAUGAAAAAUCAAAAGCUGAAUUGGAAUUGGUUAUGAUGGAUAAUCAAGAUGCAAAUGUCAAAGAUCAUUUCAACAUGAAGGAUGUUAUCAAAUCCGAGAAACAGAAAAAGAACAAGAAGGGUAAGAAGAAUAAGAAAAUUGACGAAGAAAUGGUACAAGACAAUUUUGUUGCAAAUCUUGAUGAUCCUCGUUUCAAAGAAAUUUUUGAAAGUCAUGAUUAUGCUAUUGAUCCAACUAAUAGUGAAUUCAAAAAGACUGAAACAAUGAAGAAAAUAUUGAAGGAACGUGCUGUUAGAAACAAGGGUAAAAAGAGCAAACCAAAUGACAGCAACAAGACCAAUAAACGAAAAGCAACUGAAACAGAGUCCAAUGAUAAUGUCCGUUCACUUGCUGAAAAGCUCAAAAAGAAACAAAAGAGAAACUAG